AUGGAGCAAGCACAACAUGGCGACUUGAGAAAGUUCGUCCACCUCCGCAGACGACUGUCUGAGAAAUUGGCGCGAAAGUUCUUCGCUCAGAUUCUAGAUGGGGUUGCGUACAUGCACAGCAGAAAUAUUGUCCACAGAGAUAUCAAGUGUGAUAAUAUUCUUGUGACUGGCAGUGAGGAGAUUGUAAAGAUUUGUGAUAUGGGUAGUGCUGUCAUCGUAAAAGAGCACGAGGAGGAUUUGAUACCACCGCGUCAGAGUGAUCAACCCCACGGGCCCAGCGAGCGAUUUUACGGCUCUCCUUCCUACGCCGCACCGGAGGUCCUAGAUAGUGUUGUUUAUGAUUUCAAACCUGCUGAUGUCUGGUCAGCGGGUGUGAUGUUAUUUUUCAUGGUGUCUGGUUAUCUUCCGUUUGGAUGCGAUGACGUUGGGAGGAUACGAGCGAGAAUGAAUUCUUCUUUACGGUGGCCGAGGCCCAUCAAACAAAUCAGUAGACACUGCAGAGAUUACACGAGUGCUCUACUGCAGCUCAGGCCAAGUGACAGACUGACCGCUGAAGGUGCUCUUCAUGAAAUAUGGCUGGAUAAAAAACACUAA